AAUCUUUUGAAAAUUUUGGAAGAAAGACUAGUCAUAAGGUGGGAAGGGUCAAGGCAAGGCGUUGCUGUCGCCCAUGUGCCACGUCCAUUUCCUUGCACGAAUGGAGCCCUAUGAUUCGCCAGUUGGUAUUUGCAGGGCGGGCGUCGGCAAUGGAAAUUUCAAGGACUCUUUAUACUCAGUUUGCAGUCGCGUGCUCCUUAAGCUGUUUCCCUUCCAGCUUUGGGGUCAACUGUUACUCGUGAUUGUCGCAUUACCGUUUCACAUAGCCAUUAUAAUCUGGGCUAUAAAGUAAGAUUCGGUAACUGGAUCGCCAAGACGAGGUUAUAUAUACCUAGUCGUGAUUGUUGGCUGCCUCUCUCUCUUUCUUCUCUCUCUCUCUCUCUCUCUAAUCCAUGGAUUUGAGGAGCCCAUUCUUUGAAUUCUUAGGGCUUACUCAACAAUUUUGGAUUCUUGCCUUUCUUGGUUUAUGAUUUCCACCCCUAUUCUAUCUAUCCUCUCUCUUCAGGGAAAAUAUAAAAAGGUUUGUUGCUAGAUUUCCUUGCAAGAAGGGAUGGUAGUUGGGUACAAAAAUAGUAUCUAGAUCCUAGUUUUUCGUUCAAAGGGAUUCUUGAUUCGUUUACAAUCCUUUUGGUUUAGAGUUUUAAUGGAGUUCAUGUCGCCUGUUAGAAGUAAUUUGUGGAGGCAGUCUUCUAUGGCCCCUGAGAGGGAACACAGUAUCAAUGCACAUCUUGGGGGAGACAAUGAAGAUGGUGAUAUGAAUGAGAUUGAUCCAGGGCUGAAGCUUCUGUACAUGACCAAUGAGAAUGAUUUGGAGGGCAUCAAGGAGCUUUUAGACUCGGGGGCUGAUGUUAAUUUCUUGGACAUUGAUUACAGAACUGCACUUCAUAUUGCAGCAUGUCAGGGAUAUGGUGAAGUUGCCAAAUUGUUGAUUGAAAGAGGGGCAGAAGUCGACCCCCAAGAUAGGUGGGGAAGCACGCCUCUUGCAGAUGCCAUACAUUAUAAAAAUCACGAUGUGAUCCGACUUUUGGAGAAACAUGGUGCAAAGAGAAUUAUGGCUCCAAUGCAUGUAAAAAAUGCCCGCGAGGUACCCGAAUAUGAGAUAGAUCCCACAGAACUUGAUUUUACAAAUAGCAUUGAAAUAACAAAGGGAACUUUUAGAAUGGCUUCUUGGGGUGGCACAAAAGUUGCUGUGAAAACAUUCUGGGAAGGAAAUGCUGAUGAUGAUAAAGUUAAGGCAUUUGGAGAUGAGCUUUCAUUGCUUCAGAAAAUAAGACACCCGAACGUUGUCCAGUUUCUUGGUGCCGUAACCCAAAGCAGUCCUAUGAUGAUUGUGACGGAAUAUUUGCCAAAGGGUGAUCUUCAUGAAUAUUUGAAAAGAAAAGGUGCACUCAAACCAUUAAGGGCUCUAAAACUUGCUAUGGAUAUUGCCAGGGGAAUGAACUAUCUACAUGAACAUAAACCUGAAGCUAUUAUCCACCGCGAUCUUGAACCUUCGAAUAUAUUGUUGGAUUCUUCUGGACACCUGAAAGUUGCAGAUUUUGGAGUCAGCAAGCUACUCAAAGUGGCUAACAGAAUUAAAGAAGACAGACCUCUGACGUCACAGGACACCUCAUGUCGUUAUGUAGCUCCUGAGGUUUUCCGAAUUGAAGAGUAUGACACUAAAGCUGAUGUAUUCUCAUUUGCCUUGAUUUUACAAGAGAUGAUCGAAGGAAGCCCCCCAUUCUGUUCAAAGCAAGACCAUGAAGUGCCCAAUUCUUAUAUUGCGAAACAGCGACCUCCAUUUAGAGCCUCGCCAAAUUGUUAUGCACACGGGCUGAAAGAAUUGAUUGUGCAGUGUUGGAGUGAAAAUCCAUCUGAUAGGCCAACAUUUAAGCAAAUUAUUCCUCGACUGGAUGAUAUAUCCAACAGUUUUGGCCGUAGAAAGCGCUGGAAGAUCUUCCCAUUGAAAUGCUUCCAGAGUCCAGACUGGAAGAAAGACGAUUCCAAUGUGGGUAGCCGGUCAUCUCGAACAAGAACAAGAUGAAGGAGCCCCUAGAGUCUGCAUAUGUCCUAGGCAAAAUGGUUCUGGGAUUACUAUGUACAUACUUCAGCACUGAAGAUUAGCGUCAUGCCUGGAAAUUUCCAUUGUCUUUCUUGCCUAAUAUAGGCUUUUAAAUUAGUUCCCUUGGAUGUUUGUAAUUUUAUGUAUCAAGGAACAAAAACAGGCUUAUUAUACAACGAAUACAUAUAAUUUUUUUGUUUUAA